CGAGCUGCGCCGCGUACAGGCUACCGCUGCCGUAGCACUCCCUGCUUGUCUGUUCUGCGUCAGCACUCCGCAAAGCAAGAGCUCGCCAUUCAGGUACCCGAAGGCGGCGACAUCGUCUCGUAAUCUCUACCCGCGCCUCCAGUCCGCGCCACCAGCACUUGAUACCGAUGCAGACAAGGGACGAAAGCCAAGGAUCCACUUGUCAUCACGCAAAAUAAGCAUCGACAAAGCGGAAAGCGAGAAGGGAAGGGCAGAAAAGGAGUUUCAACGUCAUCGGCGCCGGCAUAUCGACGUCUAGGCACAAAAGGAUAACUGACAGGCGAGAAUGUUAAAUGGAUCCAUAAAGUCUUGCGUGAGCCAAGAAGGGGAAUUGGCACCAGAGGAUCCCAAUUCCAACGGGGCCGCUAACAGAGAUGGUCGUGGGGAUGACAAUUUAGACCCUCUUUUUCUUCCUUCCUUUUCCUUUUCUUUGUUUCUAUGCAUUGUGUAUCUCUUUUUCCCUAAUUCUGCUCCCUUGCCCUAACGUUUUUUCGUUCAACAAAUUUAGUUUCGUCCCUUCAGCCCUCAUCCUUCGCAGCCUCAGCUCUGACCCCAAAGGGCUUUAGCUUUGCGGGCCGUUGAACCCGGCCAGUGCUUUUGGCGCAGACGCACGUCCUCUUACACAGCCUACUAUAACGGUCUGAGGCUUAUCGGCUGUGUCUUGAUUGGGCCAGGCAGGAAGAAAAAGAAAUGUUCAAAAGCCACAGCUGCUCUCCCCCUGAAGCGCUGCAUCGGCGUGAAAAAAAGUUUGUGGCUAAUACGUAAAAAGUGCUGAUAGCAAGUGUUACUAAGUUACCCCUACUGCUGCUCUAA